AUGACAGAGUCUCAGAAGUGUAAUUUCUUCCCUCAAGAGCCAUAUUAUGUUCCUGGGUAUGCAGGGUUUUACCCUCAGAUCCGCUAUCAAGUUGGGCAGACGUAUGGCAGAACCACCUCCCAACUAUUGACGGACCCUGAGAUCCAAAAAAGUCCUUACUCUGUGCUGGCACCACUGACCAAGCCAAAGUUCAUUGAGGAUUUCAGCCAAAGGAGGAUCCCUGCACAUGAGAUGAUGGAUCAGUACCAAAGUUACAUCCCUAGAUACACAGGUGAAGGUGGACCAUUACCAACCAGGAUUGAAGCAGUGCCUCUCCCACGGGCAACGGAGACAGUGGAUGUGAGCCGAUUUGGACGGACCCCCAAGCUAGAUGUGCCCAACCUCAUCCAGCGUAAAGCCAUCUCAGGGUAUACUGGCUUCAUCCCCCGCUUCACCUGGGUUAUGGGAGUCAACUACCUGAAAGGAGUCAAAGAUGCUAUGAAUGAAUUUGACUGCAAUCAGGAAAAGAUGAGAAGCCCGCUGUACAGCUUUGGCAAGCGAUUUCCCUGCACCUACUGGCCCAAUACCAAGAUUUACAACAGCCGAGGCCUGAUUCCAUUCUACACUGGGUUUGUGCCAACCAUCAGGCACAACUAUGCUUUAACCUUUGGAAACAGCACCCGGAAAGCUUAUUACGAUGAACUACUGCGGAGACAACAAGCAGCGUGA